AUGCCGGAAGCGGCAGGAUACUACAAUUCGAAGAAGACUGAUGACAUCUGCGAGGAGGUCUGCGGGCAGGUAAUGGUGGAGCACUCUACUCUCUCGCUCUCUGUCUCUGUCUCUCUCUCUCUCUCUCUCUCUCUCUCUCUCUCUCUCUCUCUCUCUCUCUCUCUCUCUCUCUCUCUCUCUCUCUCUCUCUCUCUCUCUCUUCCCUCUCCACCUCCCUCCUCCUCCCCCUCCCUCUCCCUCGAAUGGCGUCGCAUCCAUCAGAUCCGCCCGCGCAUUCUCAUCUCUCCUGCUCCUCCAUCGCCCCCGGAUUCUCCAUGGUCAUCAAUUGGGAAGGAAACCCUAUCCUCUCCUCCAGUUCAUCCCGUUUCUUCUCCCUCCUCCUCUUCCACCCUUCCUUGAAUUCCGUCAAUCUCUGCAACAACAACAAGAAAAACCUACCGAAUGCAUGCCAUUCCAUCCCAUCGCAUCCCAUUCCUGCUCUACAAUUCCUCGCCCCUUCCCUCCCUCGAUCGAAGAAGGAGCAAGGAGGAAGGAGGAAAGAGGGAGGACAAUGAUCUCUCUCUCUCUCUCUCUCUCUCUCUCUCUCUCUCUCUCUCUCUCUCUCUCUCUCUCAUGGAUGAAGGGUUUGUUGUUGGUGUUGCAGGCGUCGAGGGCGGCCCUGACCAUGACGAGGAUCCGAUGCGUGCUGCGAGGGGUGGACAUCAGGGCCUUCAUCCUCCUCGCCAUCCUCGUCCCCAGUUGCCUCUUCGGCAUCUACCUCCACGGGCAGAAGAUCAGCUACUUUUUGCGGCCGCUGUGGGAGCGGCCCCCGAAGCCCUUCAACAACAUCCCACACUACUACCACGAGAACGCCUCCAUGGCCGAGCUCUGCAAGCUCCACGGGUGGCGGAUCAGGGACUCCCCGAGGAGGGUCUUCGACGCGGUGCUCUUCAGCAACGAGCUUGACAUCCUCGCCAUCCGCUGGCACGAGCUCCGCCCCUACGUCUCCGAGUUCGUCCUCCUCGAGUCCAACUCCACCUUCACCGGCAUCCCCAAGCCGCUAUUCUUCUCCGAGAACAAGGAAGCCUUCUCCUUCGUGAAGCCUAGGUUGACCUACGGCACCAUCGCCGGCAGGUUCGUGAAGGGGGAGAACCCCUUCGUGGAGGAGUCCUACCAGCGGGUCGCCCUGGACCAGCUGCUCCGCCAUGCGGGCAUCUCCGACGGCGACCUCCUGAUCAUGUCCGACGUCGACGAGAUCCCCAGCGGUCACACCAUCAACCUUCUCCGCUGGUGCGACGGCACCCCGGAGAUCCUGCACCUGCAACUCCGCAACUUCCUCUACUCCUUCGAGUUCUUCCUCGAUGACAAGAGCUGGAGGGCUUCCGUCCACAAGUACCGGCAGGGGAAGACGAGGUACGCCCACUUCCGACAGACCGAUGACCUGCUCUGGGAUGCAGGGUGGCACUGCAGCUUCUGCUUCCGCCGCAUCAGCGAGUUCAUCUUCAAGAUGAAGGCCUACAGCCAUGUCGACAGGGUGAGGUUCUCCUACUACCUCAGGCCAUCGAGGAUCCAGGAGGUGAUCUGCAAGGGGGCCGACCUGUUUGAUAUGCUACCAGAGGAGUACACCUUCAAGGAGAUUAUUGGGAAGCUCGGCCCCAUCCCUUCUUCCUUCUCUGCCGUUCACCUGCCUGCGUUCCUCCUGCAGAACGCCGACAAGUACAGGUUCCUCCUCCCGGGGAAUUGCCAGAGAGAGAGUGGCUGA